AUGGCAGGACUAGUUGAGCUACUAACUUCUAUUCUGAUGCCACCGGAGGAACAACUCUUUAGAUUCAUUCAAGGCAUAACCAAUCCAUUUUUCGGUCGGUUUGAUGGUGAACAUUUGCUAGACAUUGACAAUUUAGAUCCUCUACACAUAACUUGUGGCCAAGAAAACAAUGUCUUUCAUGUUGCAGUAAAAUGCGGAGCUAAUCCACAAGCUGUGCCUGUGCAAGCCUUGCUAAGGCUGCAUUCAUUGCUUGCCUAUCAGCCAAACAACAAAGGCGACACGCCACUACAUGUGGCUGCGAGGUUAGGGAAUAAGAGUUUUGCAGUGGUUCUGAUAGAUCAUGCAAGGGCAUUAGCACCAGCACCAGCAGCACCAGGCCAUAAUAAUGACUAUAGAAGUCUGCUGAGGAAGGUGAAUUAUGAGAAGGAAAACACAGCACUUCAUGAGGCUGUGCUCAAUGGUUACUUGGAAAUUGCUAAGCGAUUGAUUGAAGAAGAUCCAACUUUGACAUGUUUUGUGAAUAAGGCUGGGGAAUCUCCUCUCUUUCUAGCUGUGGAUGGUGGAUUUUAUGACAUUGCUUCCAUCAUUUUGGACACUACUUUUCCCAUUUGCUCUUUGUUAGGGAGGAACGGCAUGACUGUCAUGCAUGCUGCGGUCAUUCGUUCAAGCCGCCCAGAUAGGCUGGUGCUUUCAGUUAAUAUCGCCAACAUUAUCACCAUUAUCAGGGAUAAUGACUUCCCUUCUUUUUUAGGAUUUGUUAAAAAGGCCUUAGAGAGAUGUGGAUCCCAGAUUUUAGAAAAAGCAGAUAAGUUUGGAUGGAUGCCUCAUCACUAUGCUGCAAACAUGGGACAAUCAAGACUUGUUAAACUAUUUUUGGAAGCCAAAAGAUCUGUUGCUUACAUCAAAGAUAAACAAGGCAUGACUGCUCUUCAUAUCUCGGCAAGGAAUGGACAUAUCAGAGUCAUCAGAACAUUGAUGGAAGAAUGUCCAGACAUUGGUGAGAUGUUGGACAAUAGAGACCGGACUGCACUUCAUAUUGCAGUUGAAAACAAACAGGUUUCUGUGGUAAACAUUUUCUUAAACAAGAGAGCUUUCAUUGAUCUUAUAAAUGAGCAAGACAAUGAGGGAAAUACAGCUCUACAUGUUGCUGCUAUCCAUGGUUAUUAUGAGAUUAUUAUACGCUUAGCAAGUAAUCGGAAGACCAACAAGAGAAUCAUCAAUAAGAUGGGGUUGACUGCUUUUGACAUUAUUGGCAGAUCAACUCUACUUGGUCCUGUUGAAAAGGCUAUGAUUAGAUUGAAAAUGAAUAAAGAAGGCCCUCUUCUAAGUUUACAAGAAGCUGCAGUGGUGAAGAAAACUAGAAAAAGUGACAAAACAUCCGAAGAAACCAUGUCAAAAAUGACUCAAUCUCAACCAAAGGAAGAGAAUAAUAAUGAUCAAGAUGUAAAGCACAUGGCAGACAUUAACUUAGUGGUGUCAACAUUGAUAGCAAGUAUUACAUUUCAAGCAGCCAUUAGCAUGCCCGGGGCUGGAAAAUAUAGCAGUUCAAGUGGCUUUGAAGCUUUCAAAUUCUUCAUGGCAUUCGAUUCGCUGGCUUUUGGUUGCUCGGCGGCCUCUAUGUUGAUCCACUUUGCAGUUGCAGUGUACUCCAAGUUGCGAGGAAAGGCAUGUAAGUAUCCUAUUGAGUUGACGAUGAUCUUAACUCUGGUAUCCAUUACCUCGUCUGUGUUGGCCUUUAUCAUGGGCACAAAAGCACUGUUGUAUGAGAAGAAAUCUGAGCUUAGCAUUAGUGGGACUACUAAUCAUAAGAUUUGGGAUUUUGAUUUCCCUGGCAAUAUUGCAAUAGUUGCAUUCUUCGCUACUCUCUUCUAUGUCUUUCUCCCACUAUUAAUGACUAUUUUAAAUUGUUUGCUCAUUUUGGUUCCAGAUGAUGGAUUACCCAUCUUUCUGGUUGCAACCAAGUAUGUACUCUUGAAAAUCUUAAGAAUUUUUUUCAAGUGA